AUGCAGACGGUUACCAAAAAUCGUCCCUUAUACCAUUUCAAGGCUUGGCGAUUGUAUGUUUGUAAGUUAGGAAACAAUCGAUAUUUUUAGGUCGGAGUCAAACGUCCACAAUCUUUGUUGCUAUGGCAUAAAAAUGUUCACUAGACUAGAGUAACAGUUGCCAAAAACAUAAUUUUUCCUCGAGGAACUGGCAAAUCUGCUGCCAAACAAACGUUUUCCUCUUAUCGCACUCCAAAUUCCGCGUUGUGUCUCGUCAAGAGAGAUUAUGUGAUAAGAUAGUACCUCGGAUAGCUCAGUAGAGACAAAACUGUUUUCCAUUGCAACUCCUUCCAUAUAUAUACAUUGAUUUAUUAAAAUAUCUCAAACUUCCUUUUUUCAGUGCUUCUGCUAACACUAUGUGUAUUCGUCAACUUUUAUCUCCAAACAAACCUUGGAAUCGCAUUAGUUUGCAUGGUCAACACCACAGCUAUCGAAGGGGAUGAGAGUCAUUUGCUGUUGCAAAAUGUUUCACUCUUCGAACGCAAAGAAGAGCUGGACAAGUGCCCCACAUUGGAAGAGGAAAACAAUGAGCUGGGAUAUAAAGUAAGCACAUAGUAGAACCAACUAACAUCACGAUAAUUUUGAGGGUACCUUCACGUGGACAACGUGGCAGCAAAGCUUCCUGGUGUCGGCUUUGUUUUACACCUCCUUGCUGACAAUUCCAAUUAGUGGAACUUUAGCUGACAAAUUCAAUGCCAAACAUAUCAUUAUAUUUGCCAUGUGUGUAUACGCACUGUUGACAACCCUUUCGCCGCUUCUAGCUGGUCUACAUUUCUAUGCCUUCCUCGGAGGAAGGUUUGCUAUGGGAUUUGUGGAUGUAAGUACAAAGGACGCCGCACGUCGAACUGAGAUCCGCUCAAACGAUUGGGUCAAUGGUUUAGCAAGCAAUUCGCUAAAAAAGAUGCGAAAAAACUUUUUAGUGGGGAAGAAACGGGGAAUUUUUAGGGCGAGAGAGUAUGUUUGGCGCAUCUUUUCUUUGUCUUCUCUAUGAAAUCAAGACGAAGUGUAAAAAACCGAUAGCAAAGUGUCUAUUCCGGUUACCGGACUCCUCACUUUGAAUCGUAAAAGCGAGACACUGAGACUUUGACAGGGAUUAGCGUAAGUUGAAGUGUUGAAUUUUGUAAAAGAGCAAGCAUCCUUUAAUCAAACUUAGUAUGCGGUCAAUAACGUAGACAUUUGGCGCAAAGUAUAACUCUAAAAGGUUUUAGCUCGUACUCAAUGGCAGCUGAUAUAUUUAACAAUCUUUAAGGGUCUAAUUUUCCCCGCCAUCACAUCCGUUCUUGCUCGUUGGUUUCCACCGAGAGAGCGGAGUACGGCCGCCGCCAUUUACACGUCCGGAGCGCAGAUAGCAGUCGUCGUCAAUUCACUAGUCAACCCGAGAUUAUGCAUGGUUGACCUGUGGAAUGGAUGGCCUUUUAUUUUUUAUGUUGCUGGUGAGUUAAGAGAGCUGCUGAAAACGAAAAAUUCAAAGUUUUGCAGGCAUAAUCUCAUUGAUUUCCAUUGUAAUUUCUUGUAUAUUUUUGGCCAACUCCCCAGCUGAAUGCAGGUGGAUUGGCAAAAAAGAGUGCAAAUAUUUGGCAAGCGAGCUUGAUUCGGAAAGAUCCCUGGACGACAUGGGAAAAAGGUUAAGAGUACCGUAUUUUAAAAUCUUAACAUCGCCAGUUGUUUGGUCGGUCGCAGCCAAUGACUUUUCAUACAACUUCUCAUACAUCAUGUUCUCGCAAUUUUUACCGGCAUUCUUCCGCGACGUGAUGCAUGUCAGCUUGAAUGAUGUGGGUUUAUCAGGCAUAGAACGAAAUCAUCCUUGGACACUUCAAGUUUUUCAAUUUUAGAAUGGACUGUUCACAGCGUUGCCAUUCAUAAUGAUGGUUGUAGCCAAGGUUCCAUUAGCGUCGGCCGCCGAUUACAUCAAAGACAGAGGGAUUUUGUCGGUUACAGCAACGUGCAAGAUUAUGCAAACAUAUGGUAAGGUGAGGCAUGAUACUUGUAGUAUUCUGGCCUUUGCAAAAAGUCGUGGUAAAUUGGGUCGUUCGAGAGAUCACAUAUUUCGGUUAUAAAACUACUAAAGGAACCGAUUCUGUUUGCAGCCUGCUUGGGGACGGCAGCAAUCUUCGUUGCCAUCGCCCUGCUAGUCGACUGUUCAACCCCGACGUUGGCGUUGGUUUUGCUAGUCCUUUUCGGUUGCACAUUUUCCGCGGAGAUUGCGGGUGCAUUCACAGCGAUCUUGUACAUUGCGCCACCGUUUGUGGGAACCGUCAGUUCGUGCGCGACAUUCGUCGGAAUGCUGGCGGCUAUUGCAGCUCCGGCCGUAUUCUCCUGGUUGAAUGUUCACGUAAGUAUUCGUUGACUACAGGAAAUUUUUUGAUACAAUUAUGAAGCUAUACUGUUUUUUUGCUUUAGAAUACUGAAGAAGAAUAUCGAAAUGUGUUCCUGUUUACGGCUGGUGUCAAUCUUGUGGCUGGUAUUCUCUUUGUGCUAUUUGGUUCGGGUACGUUGCCUUGCAAAGGGUCAGAACACGAAGCUCUACAAGCACUCCUGCUUUGUUCUAUUGUAGUCUCAAGUCAUUUUCAAAUUUAUUUUUGUUCAAUUUGAGCUCGGACACACCUUGAUUGAUAGGCUUAAUUUGCAAGAACACGCCUUAUAAAGGUGUGCUCUUCACUGAUAACUCCAAAUUUCAGCCGAGAUCCAGCCAUGGGCCAAAAAUCCAGAGACCCAGCCAGUAAUCGAAGAAGUUGAAACUGUGGAACGGUUUUAA